CCUAAAUAUAAAUGCUAUCUUGAAACUCUGUAGGUCACGCGCCUGUCUUUCCACUCAUAUAAAGCGCUGGUCUGUACAAGAGAGUAGAUAACAGCGAUGUGGCGAUUAGCAGUGUGUUUGCUAGUGUUACUGAAAGGCGCCUACAGUGGUCGUCUUCAGGUGCAGGGUAGUCACCUUGUUAAAGAUGGUCAACGCGUGUUCCUGUCCGGCACGAACCUCGCAUGGGUGCACUACGCCAUGGAUUUUGGACACAAUCAAUACAAUGGCGUGAAAGGCAGAAUGGAACAAAUUCUCAGCGAAUUGCAAGCAUCUGGAGGCAAUUCCAUUCGGCUCUGGCUGCAUAUAGAGGGCCAGACAACACCCGAGUUUACCAGUGACGGUCACGUGUCUGGAAUGGACGCCACGCUCGUCAGCGACUUGCGCAGCUUUCUCCAAUCUGCGAAACGUCACAACAUCCUCGUGUUUAUCGUCCUCUGGAAUGGAGCAAAAAUCGAACAGUUUCACUACAGACUGCAUGGUUUGAUUGUUGACACCAACAAACUCCAAACCUACAUCGACAAGUGCCUCACGCCUAUGGUCCACCAGCUGAAAAACGAGCCCGCCCUCGGUGGCUGGGAAGUCUUUAAUGAGCCGGAAGGAGCACUAGAGCCCGGUCACCAUGACAGCAACGCUUGUUUCGACACAAGCGCGCUGGCGGGAUCUGGAGCGGGGGAUGAGGGCAAGAUGCACAACACUUUAUAUACCGCACAACAAAUACAAAGAUUCAUUAACUGGCAAGCGGAUGCCAUUCGUCGGGAAGACCCGGGUGCAAUGGUGACGGUUGGAACAUGGAACCCAAAGUCAAACACGGACAGAUUUGGCUUCAAGAACAUGUACAAGGACGCAUGUCUGAUCGGCGCAGGGGGCAGACAACACGGUACCCUGACUUUCUAUCAGGUACACUCAUACUCCUGGCAGGGACACUGGGACGGGUACUCGCCUUUCCAGAAACACUACAAUGACUACGGACUGGACAAGCCGCUGGUAAUCGGAGAGUUCCGUGAGUCGGAGGCGGCCAAUACGAAGAUCACUGACCUCUACAACUACGCGUACUACCAUGGCUACUCGGGCGCGUGGGGUUGGCAGGCGAUCGAAAACAACUGGGGGAACAUCAGGACUGGUAUAACGUUUCUGCGAGGCAAAAACGACCAGACCAACGGCGGGCUUGUCCAUUUCACUGUUUGAAAAAUAAAAAAAUAAAGCUCUUUCAUGCUA